AUAUUCCAGCUCCAGCUCCAGCUCCAACGGCCACAAGUAAUGGCCUCCUUUACCUUCCACAACACUCUGCAACAAAAGGAACUGUUUUUCGUCAAUCUCUGUAAGUACCCAUUAAAACCCAGUAGCUGCAAAUCCUGUAGUAUUUUCUGCUCUCCUUUGUUGAUGUCGUCUAUUAGCCAGACUCUUCUUCAUCGAGAAUCCUGUUCAGCUUCUCUAGUUAGAGCUAAUGUAAGUAACAUGGCAGCUAAAAUGUGCAGUAGUAGUAGUGACCAUGCCCAGUCUACAACACAAACAGUGAACUCCAAAACUCAUAGACGAAGGGGUUAUUGUUUUACUACUCCUUUGAGGUAUAGAGAUAAAAGUGUAGAGAGAAAACAUAAGAAAAGAACGGUUAGUUCAGUUGUGGAGGAAAAAGUUGAAAGAGUGAAUGGGAAAGACAGCUACACAAGAAAAGAUAGGGAUUUUAUUAGGGAGAAAGAAAUGGGGUAUUGGCCUUCUUCUUCUUGGAGGGCUGUAGAUGGAAGGGCAAAGAUAAAAUCCAAGAAAACUAAAAUUAAUCGAGUGGUUGACAAUAAUAUGGGUGAAAACUCUCAGAAAACUGAGAGUAGCAAUCAAGCAGGAGAUGAGAAAGUGGAUAAGAAGUCGAAGAAAAUAAAAGUCGAUUCACCUGAGGUUCAGUUAAGAAUUAAGUUGGAUAUGUGCUCCAAACGAGGUGAUGUCUUGGCUGCAAUUUCUCUUUAUGACUCUGCUCGAAGAGAAGGCAUCAUGUUGAAGCAGUACCACUACACGGUGCUUCUCUAUCUUUGUUCUUCUGCUGCUGUAGGUAUUGUUCGCCCGGCUAAAAGUGGAAGUGGUAGUCGAAAUUUGAAGAAAUUGGACUUGACUACUGAGUUUUCAAAUGUGAAUUUCGCAGAAUCGUGUAUGAACAGGGACACAAGUAAUGGGAGUGUCAAUGGUUCAAACUUGAAUUUUCCUUCUUCAAGCAACAGGUUAUUGAUUGAAUCUGCUGAAAUUCAUGGAGAAAGGUCUGAUGAAAUAGAGCUUUAUUCUAACAGAUUUCUAGCAGUUGCCGACGAUGACAGUAGUUACCAUGAAAAGGAACAGAUUUCUCAUGUCCCUAGUGGGUUUGUAGAGACGAAUCAUGUAUUAUUGGAUUCUUGUGUUACUUCAGGACAGGACAAAGAUGAGUUAAUCAAUGGAAGAGAGGGAGGUAGUAAGCAAGAAGAUGAAAUCUGGGUCAGUGAAAAUGUCAAAAAGUAUGCACUCAUGAAGGGAUUUGAGAUCUAUGAGAAGAUGUGUUUGGAGGAGAUUCCUUUGAAUGAAGCAGCCUUGACAUCUGUUGCUCGAAUGGCUCUAUCAAUGGGUGAUGGAGAUCUGGCUUUUGAUAUGGUAAAGAAAAUGAAGCCGCUGGGUAUAAACCCUAGGUUAAGGUCUUAUGGCCCUGCCCUAUUAGCAUUCUGCACUGGUGGAGACAUAGAGAAAGCAUUCACUGUUGAAGAGCAUAUGUUAGAGCAUGGAGUCUACCCAGAGGAACCUGAACUGCGGGCAUUAUUACAACUAAGUGUAGAUAAUGGUAAAGCGGACAAGGUUUAUUAUUUGUUGCAUAAGCUCAGAACUAGUGUCAGGCAGGUUUCUCCUUCUACAUCAGAAUUGGUUGAGAAAUGGUUUAAGACUAAAACAGCUUCCCGUAUAGGGAAAAGAAAGUGGGAUCAAAGAUUGAUAGCUGAUGCAAUGGAAAAUGGGGGUGGAGGUUGGCAUGGUCAUGGCUGGUUGGGUAAGGGAAAAUGGACUGUUCUACACACAUCGGUCGGAGAUGAUGGUGUCUGCCAAGGUUGUGGUGAGAAGUUGGCCACAAUAGAUCUUGAUCCAACAGAGACUGAGAUAUUUGCGAAAUCAGUAGCAUCCAUAGCUGCAAAUAGAGAGCGGAAUUCAGGCUUUCAGAAAUUUCAAAAAUGGCUGGAUUAUUAUGGACCUUUUGAAGCAGUAGUGGAUGCAGCUAAUGUGGGCCUUUUAAGCCAAAGGAGAUUUUUACUCUCCAAGGUCAAUGCUGUUGUGAAUGGAAUACGCCAAAAGCUUCCUUCAAAGAAAUGGCCACUGAUAGUUGUGCAUAACAAGCGUAUCACUGGUGGCAAAAUGAAUGAACCAGCUAAUAGAGCUCUAAUAGAGAAGUGGAAAAAUGCUGAUGCACUCUAUGCAACACCUACUGGAUCAAAUGAUGAUUGGUACUGGUUGUAUGCAGCUAUAAAGUCCAAGUGCUUGAUCGUGACCAACGAUGAGAUGAGAGACCAUAUAUUUCAGCUUUUAGGAAAUGAUUUCUUCCCCAAAUGGAAGGAACGUCAUCAAGUCCAUUUCAGUUUCCAAGAAGGCGGGCCCGAGUUCCAUAUGCCUCCAUCUUGUUCUGUGGUUAUUCAGGAAUCAAAGAAAGGCCACUGGCAUAUUCCGAUUGUAUCAGAACACAAAUCUGAAAAGGAGAGAACUUGGUUAUGCAUAACACGUGCAAAAAUGCAUGUGACGGCACAAGAAUCUGCUAUCAGUUCUGAAGAAAGACGUCUUCACUAUAACAAUGGAAGUGUGGGUUCAGAUGCUCAAACCAGGAGGUCAACGAAGCUGCCACUAUUGAAUCAUGGUCAAGGAGACAUCUAUUAUCAAAAUCCUCAACACAAAUAUCAGAAAAUUACUCCAACAUCUAUAUUCUCAAAUUGCUGCUCAGUUCUGUCUGAAAUUGAGGCUGCUGAGAAACUUGGUGGGUGUAUAAUUGAUUUUCAGAUUUAAUGGAAAUGGCCAUGUGUGUUUGAGUAUCCUGAA